GAAGGAGAACUCAAAGAAGGUUUGUUGGAAGAGCUGCUUAGCCAAUCCCCGUCGCUUGACGAUAGUGUUUUGUCGCAAGUGAUUGCAGCAGCUGAUUCGUACGAUAAACAUGAAAUUAUGGCGGAGUACCAUAGGCGCAAGAAACAAAAUCAAGAAUUCAAUCGCCGCCUGCUGAGAGGACAGCGACUUUGUUAG